AUGGCCCUGACCCAGUGGAAGGUUCACCUCGUGAUAUUCUUUCUAUCCUCUGUACUCACUCCGUUAAGUACAAAUGCCACCUAUGACAGAGAAAACGAUACAUGCAGACUGAUUCCAGAAAACCAUAUACGCGAUGCAUUAACAGUUUGGAAAUUUCUGCGAGUAAACGAUAAAUUACAAAAGAGUGAUCUGAUACUUGGCCUCGGAAGUCACGAUAAAAGAGUUGCUAUGGAGGCGUCUCGUCUCUGGUUAAACGGAUACGGAGACUUUCUGAUGUUUUCUGGCAAAUCCGGAAAUUUAACAAGAGGGCGAUGGCGUAAAAGUGAAGCCGAGAUAUUUCGUGAUGUGGCGGUUUCCCUGGGAGUACCAGAAAACAAAAUACUUACUGAAGAAAAUUCUCAAAAUACCGGCGAAAAUUUUAAAUACAGUUACAAACUGUUGAAGCGAAAUGAUAAGAUACCUAAAACGUUAAUCAUUGUCCAGAAACCCCACAUGGGGCUUAGAACAGUAGCGACUUUUAAAAAACAGUGGCCGGGUAACCAAGCGGAAGUGGCAUUGAUGGUGACGUCACCAAAUAUUUCCUUGCUAGACUACCCUAAUGAUGACGUAGGCGACUUAGAAGAUGUUAUAUCUGUGUUGAUUGGCUACCUACAACGUAUCAAAGUGUACGGAGAGACCGGUUUCCAGAGUUAUCAUUACUUACCCAGAAUUGUAUGGGAUGCUUUCGUCCGACUCAAGUCGUCCACACUUUACUCGUCACAUCUACUUAAAGACACGUGUGACCGUUAA